CGUCCCUUGAUCCCCCCCUCGGCCGCUUUCUCGCAUGAAUCUCCUCGACCCUUUCAUGAAAAUGACAGAAGAGCAGGACAAAUGUAUCUCCGACGCCCCCAGCCCCACCAUGUCGGAUGACUCCGCCGGGUCCCCCUGUCCCUCUGGAUCCGGGUCGGACACGGAGAACACCAGACCCCAAGAAAACACCUUCCCCAAAGGGGACCCGGACCUGAAGAAGGAGAACGACGAGGACAAGUUCCCGGUGUGCAUCCGGGAGGCGGUGAGCCAGGUGCUGAAGGGCUACGACUGGACGCUGGUGCCGAUGCCGGUGCGGGUGAACGGCUCCAGCAAGAACAAGCCGCACGUGAAGAGACCCAUGAACGCCUUCAUGGUGUGGGCGCAGGCGGCCCGCAGGAAGCUGGCGGACCAGUACCCGCAUCUGCACAACGCCGAGCUCAGCAAGACCCUGGGCAAGCUCUGGAGGCUGCUGAACGAGAGCGAGAAGCGUCCCUUCGUGGAGGAGGCCGAGCGGCUGCGGGUGCAGCACAAGAAGGACCAUCCCGACUACAAGUACCAGCCGCGGCGGAGAAAGUCAGUGAAGAACGGGCAGUCGGAGCAGGAGGAGGGCUCGGAGCAGACCCACAUCUCCCCCAACGCCAUCUUCAAGGCGCUGCAGGCCGACUCGCCGCAGUCAUCCUCCAGCAUCAGCGAGGUGCACUCCCCCGGGGAGCACUCGGGGCAAUCGCAGGGCCCCCCCACGCCCCCCACCACCCCCAAGACGGACGCGCAGCCGGGCAAGCAGGACCUGAAGCGGGAGGGCCGCCCCCUGCCCGAAGGCGGCCGGCAGCCCCCCCACAUCGACUUCCGAGACGUGGACAUCGGGGAGCUGAGCAGCGACGUCAUCUCCAACAUCGAGACCUUCGACGUCAACGAGUUCGACCAGUACCUGCCGCCCAACGGCCACCCGGGGGGCCCGGCCGCGCACGGCCAGCCCGGCCAGGUCACCUACACGGGCACCUACGGCAUCAGCAGCACGUCGGGCUCCCCGGCCGGCGCCGGCCACGUGUGGAUGUCCAAGCAGCAGCCGCAGCCGCCGCAGCCCCCGGCGCAGCCGCAGCCCCCGGCGCAGCACGGGCUGCCGGCGCUGAGCGGGGAGCAGGGCCCGGCGGCGCAGCAGAGGACGCACAUCAAGACGGAGCAGCUCAGCCCCAGCCACUACAGCGAGCAGCAGCAGCACUCCCCGCAGCAGAUCAACUACAGCUCCUUCAACCUGCAGCACUACAGCUCGUCCUACCCCACCAUCACCCGCUCCCAGUACGACUACACCGACCACCAGAACUCCAGCUCCUACUACAGCCACGCCGCGGGGCAGGGCAGCGGCCUCUACUCCACCUUCACCUACAUGAACCCCACGCAGCGCCCCAUGUACACCCCCAUUGCAGACACUUCGGGGGUCCCCUCCAUCCCCCAGACCCACAGCCCUCAGCACUGGGAACAGCCCGUCUACACGCAGCUCACCAGACCCUAAAGCCGCGGAGAAAAGCGGGAGAGAAGAAAAAGAAAUUAAAAAAAAAAAAACGAAAAAAAAACCAUCAACAACAAACAAAACAAAAUAAAAGAAUCAGAAAAGCCUGAAAGCAGCAAGAAGAACUUCCUCAGACUUUUUUUUUUUUCCUUCUCUGAAAUUGAAAUAAUGAUUAAAAAAAAAAAGACGCUCAAGUGAAAGCUGGCGGGGAGGAGAGAGCGCCUCGAGCCUUCUGCACUACAGCAUCCUCCAGGCCCCGCUGAGAGCCAGCAAAACUCGGUACACGCUUGCCAAGGACUGGACUUGAACUCUGCUUCCAGCAUGGAGAGGAGAUUCCUACCCAACCCACCCAGCUGUCUUGUUCUCUGGACUUUUGUAAUGAUUUUUUUUUUUUUUUUUAGCAGUAAUUAAAAAAAAAAAAAAAAAAAAAAAAAGAAAAAAAAGGGGGGUAAAAAAAAAAGAGAAAACUCAGAGUCCUCUGUGAGGAAUAUUCUCUAUUUUAAAUAUUUUUAGUAUGUACUGUGUAUGAUUCGUUACCAAUUCGAGGGGAUUUAUACGUAUUUUUUAGAGAUUUUUUUGAAAAGGCUCUUAUUUUUCCAACAGCUAAAAAGAAAAAGAAAAAAAAAAUGACACUUAGUGGAGCAG